AUGGCUACAUCAACAGAAGCCAAAGAGUUGGAGCUCGUGGGCAAAGUCGAAAUGCGCAUUGCCUUGGCUGAAGAUAAUAAACUCGAAUCGAUCUUAAAGCCUUAUUUGCCGCCUCUCCUCCUCAAACUUGCUAGCGACCAUCAAAGUGUGCGAAACAAGGUUAUUUCAACAUGUCAACAUAUCAAAAUCCGCCUUGCUGGCAACAAGGAUAUUGUCUUGCCCGUGGCAGCUCUUUUAAAACAAUAUAAAGAACAUCCCGAGUCAUCGAUGUUACGGCAUUUUGAUCUUAUGUUCAUUCAACAAAGUGUGGGCAAGCUGUCUUCUAAGGAGCAAAUGGAUUUGAUACCUACACUGAUCCAUGGGUUGUCUGAAGAUGCUGAGAAGCCAACUUGUGCUACCAUAUUUAAUCUAUUUCUUCGUCUUUUACCGGAAUUCAAAGUACCUUCUCGUGGAAGUAAAGAAGAUACAGAAUUGAGGCAUCAGCUCGGCCUCGAUGAACACCAAGAAGACUCAAAGUUUAUAGCAUCAUGGUUUGGAAAGCUUGUACUGCUAUCAAUCGUACGAGCAGCGCCAUCGGGAGUAACGUGCCCAGGACUUACCGUUAAAGAAUACGAAUUCUUAACACUCAAUGGAAAGCAGGAAGUAUGGGAUCCGAGCUCAAAAGAAGGAUUGAACCUUACGCAAACAAAAAUCGCAGUUCUAAAUUUCCUUGCCAGUGGUACUUUCGUUGAUGAAGAGCGAUUCUUACCUGCGUUGUUCGCAUCUGCCGACACUAACUCUCGGAUUUCGAGCAUUGGCGAUGACCUAGUGAAGCGUUCAAGCGUUUCAUUGGAAAAUCCUGAAUUGGUGCGCAGUUUGCUAGACAUCUACUUCACUCUCAGACCUGCAUUGAAGACGAGGGUGCUUGUACUUUUAACAAAGUCCGCUAUAUCAACUACAUUUCCUACAGAUAUUGUCAAAAUUGUGCAAGAUGGGAUUCAGCCUGAUGACAAUACAAACCUUCCUGCGCCAGGCUUAGAGACUAUUAAAUUCCGAAAUGCAUUGUUCAAUUACAUGAACUGGGUUUCUCGCAUGGGGUCAGUUCAUGAUCUUAGUCAGGUCGCCCCACAACUUGUUGAAUUUUUGAGAACUUAUAUAGAGGAUCAAGGCUGGCCAGUACCUCACGAGAGAUCUUCAGACGCCGCUUCUCUACGUGCUUUAGCUUACGAAACCCUUGGUUCGCUCGCUAAGACUACCCCAUCUAUCGUUGUUGAAGAGAAUCUUUCUCUGAUUCGAUGGCUAUUUCGAUCACUCACCGAGGAAGGGUCAUCUGAUGAUAUAUUUGUCAGUAUAGAUGGAGCACUGGCGAGUUUGUUGAGUGCUUUCAAAGCACCUCUGUCUUCGAAUCUCCGAGAUGAACUUAGAUUGUUACUCCUUAAGUAUAUGACACUCAAUGAAGGUGGCGAGAUCGUCCGAAGUGCUCGUUUUGCGACCGUUCGCUGGGCAAACCGAUGCCUAGAGUACAGUGAUAUUGUGGCACGUUGGAUAGAUGUCCUCGCACUAAGUGCACGCACAGAUGAGCGCAGUGAUGUUAUCGAGGAAGGUUCAAAGGGCUUGGAUCCGUACUGGUAUCGACUCCUCAAUUCUACUGGUGCCUCGGUCGAAUGUCCCCUCCCUGAAUGGAGCGAGAUGAUCAAUAUAUUCUUUGGUACCCAAGCUUUAGUCGAGAACUCAAAUAUUGCCAAUACCAUGAAAACUGGGAUGGAAGUCGACAGCGUGUCUGUGUUUGGGAAUUUCUCUGGGCCGAGGAUUAAUGCUUUCCCGGCAGCUAUAAAUUAUAGUAGGAGGAUACUAUUGUUACGUGCCUUAGAAAAGACCGACACACCUCUUGGAAUCGAUGCAGACUGGGAACGUCAACUAGACGUGCUUUUUCGGUCCGACAAAGAUUCAAGAAAAGCCAUGAAAGAGCAUAUCAUGUCUGUCGAUCAGGAUGCACUACACACUUAUCUGUCAGCAGCUUUUGAAGGUAUGUUGCGUAAUGAUGGAAAUGGAUUAGGAGAAUGCGGCAAAUGCUUCGUAGAAGUCGCUUCAAUCUCGCCCAGGAGUGUGAUUGGCCGACUUGCAGAUAGGGCUAUUGAGAUUUUACCGUGCAUUAGAUCUAACAAUGUUGCAACUCGAUUCCUUGCAGCUCAGGCUAUCGGUAUACUUGCAGCUCAUCCCGAUAGAGACGAAGAGUCUCUCAAGAAGCUCAUAGAGACACUUAUGACCGACGUGGAACCUUGGUCAACGGCUGUAGGUGGUGAUGCAAAUAAGGUGCACGGAUCGACUCUUGCACUUGGUUAUGUGUUGAGUAGGGCAUCCUAUUAUGGUCGCGGUAGCUUUGUUCAAGGGGACAUUGUUGGAGAUGUCCUCGCACGAUUCAUCUCCAUGAUUGAAGGUGUCAGGGAUGCAUCGAUGAGAGAAGCUGUAUUGAAUGCCAUUGGUCAGACGAGCGCUUCGGGAGUUUUGACGCCCAAUAUUGUGGAAAAGUCAUCACUUAAGGUCGAUGGCCUCAUUAAACUUCUGCUUACGGAGGCCAAAAAAGGUAAUGAAAAGGCAAUGUCAACUCUAGGACGACUUUCUAUCAUCUUUGAUGAACCUGAAAUUUCCACAGAAGAUGGUCCACUUAAUGCUAUCAUCAAAGGUCUUUAUGACCUGUAUGAGCUAAAGCAGCCUGAAAUCCACUUCACUAUUGGUGAAGCUCUCAGCUGCGCUGGUGCUUGUUGGGACUCGGAAGUCUUACAGAUCAGCCUAGACGUUGACGCCAGUGGGUAUAUUGGAUGUCCUAAACGAUCUCAUACUUUCGAAAGCAUCGUUGAGAAGCUUCUAAAGGAUUGUAAAACCACGAAGCCCUCGCUCAAGAAGGCAUCUGGUAUCUGGCUCUUCAGCUUGAUUCAAUACAGUGGUCAUUUGGAGCAAAUCCAAGCACGAUUACGAGAGUGUCAAGCUGCGUUCAUGGGAUUACUCUCGGCACGCGAGGAAAUUGUACAAGAGACUGCUUCUCGAGGCUUGAGUCUUGUCUAUGAGCAGGGCGAUACAGAGCUUAGAGAGAAACUCGUCAAAGAUCUUGUUGCAAGUUUCACAGGCACAAGCACCCAGAUCAAAGUCCAUGAAGAAACUGAACUGUUUGAGCCUGGUGCACUGCCCACUGGGGAGGGUAAAUCUAUUACCUCUUACAAGGAUAUUGUAAGCCUUGCCAACGAAGUUGGGGAUCAAAGCUUAGUAUAUAAAUUCAUGUCACUUGCUACAAAUGCAGCUACUUGGUCUACCCGAGCAGCAUUUGGCCGGUUUGGCUUAAGCAACAUUCUCUCCGAAUCCGAGAUUGACCCCAAAUUGUACCCCAAAUUGUACCGCUAUCGAUUUGACCCAAAUCCUAAUGUUCAGCGGUCCAUGAAUGAUAUCUGGAGCGCUCUUGUCAAAGAUUCAAAUGCUACUGUCAACCAAAAUUUUGACGAGAUUCUCACUGAUCUUUUGAAGAGCAUCGUGGGAAAGGAAUGGCGAACGAGAGAGGCGAGUUGUGCUGCUAUUGCUGAUCUCGUACAAGGUAGAGACUUUGAGAAGUAUGAGAAACAUCUUCAUGACAUUUGGCAUGUUGCUUUUAAGGUUCUUGAUGAUAUCAAAGGCUCUGUUCGGAAGGCUGCUCUGUCGCUUAGUAUGGCUCUUACCGGUAUACUUGUCCGACAGGUAGAGGCAGGCACAUCUUCAAAGCAUGCACAAGCAAUGCUAAAAGACGUCUUACCAUUCUUACUUUCAGAUCAAGGUCUAGAAAGCUCGGCGGAAGAAGUCAGAGCCUUUGCAACCAUUACCGUGCUCAAACUCAUCAAGAGUGGCGGCAAAUCUCUUCUCCCAUUCGUACCCAAUCUCGUCGAACGACUCUUGGGCCUUUUGAGCACAAUGGAAAUGGAAGGUAUCGACUACAUAUAUCUACGUGCUGCCCAUUACAAUCUCACCGAAGAGAAAAUCGAUAGUGCCCGCACAAAUGCCGUUACUCAAUCUCCACUCAUGGAAGCCAUCGAACGCUGCCUUGAUAUAAUUGACGAAUCUACCAUGAAAGAAUUCGUUCCCCACCUCGAAAAUGUCAUCAGAACCACCGUUGGCAUGCCCUCCAAAGUUGGGUGUGGUGGUGUUCUCGUCAGUCUCUCAACCCGCCAUAGCCUUACCUUCCGGCCUCAUGCCGACCACUUUCUCAAAAUCCUUGAAAAAUCCGUUCUGGAUCGCAAUAAUGCUGUCAGCGCAUCCUAUGCCCGUGCGGCUGGCUAUGUCUCUCGACUAGCCUCCGAUAAAGCACUUCUCAGACUUCUCACAUUUUCUCAAGAUCUCUACUUCAAUGCCGAAGAUGAAACUCGCCGCCAGGUAUCUUCCGAUUUGAUCUAUGCUGUCUCCAAGUUUGCCACCGAUCAUUUUAACUCGCUAGCCUCCGAUUUCCUCCCGUUCGUCUUCUUUGCCAAACACGAUUUUGACGAUGCAACUAAAAAGCAAUUUGAAAAAACCUGGGAUGAAAAUGUAGGUGGAAGUAGAGCAGUCUUAUUAUAUGCAAGAGAAAUCAAUGAGAUGGUACUCAAACACAUUGAUUCCCCCAAAUGGACUAUCAAACACACCGCGGCUCUGACCAUUGCCAACGUUGUCACAUCCACAACCUCCACCACCUCGCCCACGAUUCCUGUCGUAACAUCCGCACUCAUUUGGCCUGCUCUCGAGAAAGCCCUCGCGCUUAAAACUUUCGUAGGAAAGGAAACCGUAUUGGCGAGUUUCAUAAAAUUUGUAAAAGAAUCUACUGCAUUCCUGGAAGCCGAGCCUAGUAUCGCAGCCCAGACGAAGAAAAUUGCAAUAAGAGAAGCUAAACGCAACAAUGAUAUCUAUCGACCAUUCGCAUUCGCAGCAUUAGGCAAAUACGCAGAAGCGAGAACGGAUGUAGAUAUGUGGGAUGAGGUACACAAUAUCAUUGUACCUACAUUGGAAGAUCUGAGUAGCGAAGAUCACAUGGAUACAAGUACAUCUACUUCAACUUCUGAUUCCAGGAAGAAAGACGGGGUCAGUAAGGGAGGCGAAUCGACAGAAUCGGCGACUAUCACUGCCGGAAUUGAAGCUCUGUUCCGCGGGAUUAACAUUAAAUAUCUCGAUCCAUCACCUCUCACUCAUCUUUCAAAACUCCUCGAUACUGUUACUCCGCUUCUCAAAUCACCUCUGACAACGAUCGCUACGCGUGCCGUACUUUACGAACGCAUCAAAGCUUUGUUUGAUGGGUUGAGAAAGAGAACGCAUACGCAGAAAGCGAAUAACUAUAAGAUGUGUGCUGGAUUUUUUGCGGUAUUGGAAUUAGGUAGCGGAGCUGGAAGUGAGAGCAUUCGAAUCAAGAGGGGAGAGGCGGCGGAAAUGAUUGUUGCGGCGUGGAAGGGGGGGGUGUUUGGUAUGUGGGGGGAGGGUAGAGAUGAGGUGAAGGAGGGAAUGGGGAAGGCGCUGGGUGAGGCGUUGGAAGGGGAAAGAAACGAGAGUGUGAAGAUUAUGUUGGGCAGAGUGAAGAAGGUGUUGGAGGAGUAG